ACAAAGUUGGCAUCUUUUUUUGUUUACUAAAUUCCAAGCAAAGCAGAGAAAAAGAAUUGAUAUGCGUGCAAGUUUCUGUCCAAAUUCUUGUCCUCUUUCUUUUUUUGGAGGUGUGCAUGUGGUGCACACUUCACACUUCACAAGUCGCAACACUUUACUUAGAGACCAGAGAUUAGAGUUUUGAUCACAGUCGUCAAUGGCAGAACCGGAGGUGAUUCACUCAUGGUCUGCACCAAGAUCUCUCAGCACCAGCCUCAUGUACUCCUUUGCUCAGAGAGAUGACACUGAAGUUGUCGACGAGCCGUUGUAUGCAGCAUUUCUUAAAGCUACAGGUGUUGAUAGGCCAUACAGAGACGAGGUUCUCUCCAAGAUGGAGUGCAGUGGAGAUAAAGUUGUGAAAGAUGUCAUAUAUGGAUCUGGAUCGAAGAAGUACCGGUAUUGUAAGCAUAUCUCGAAGCAGCGGCUUUUCGGUUUGUCAAGUGAACUGAUGAGAAAAGGAAAGCAUUUCAUAUUGAUACGAAAUCCUCUUAACAUACUGCCUUCCUUUGAGAAAGUACACCCUCCAUCGUUUCUCGAAUUAGGCUUGGGGGAAUUAGUGUCGAUAUACAGUGAUCUCUGUCAGAUGGGAACACCACCAGCAGUCAUCGAUGCGGAUGAGCUUCAGCGAGAUCCCGAGACAACACUACGCGGUCUUUGUGAUGAUUUGGAGAUUCCAUUUCAAGCCUCUAUGCUUAAAUGGAAGGCUGGUCCUAUACCAGAAGAUGGAGUAUGGGCACCAUGGUGGUACAAGAGUGUGCACGAAUCAACGGGUUUCUCAUCUCCAAAGAAGUAUCCUCGGACAUUCCCUUUGUCGCACUACGAUUUGCUGGAGCAAAGUCUACCGCUUUACAACAUUCUCAGGAGCCACGUGAAGCACAGCUCCUCCCUCUUGAGUAGUCCCUUGCCUGCUCCUAGUCUCCCAGUUCCUGAAAACGCAAAACUUCUUGCAUGGGUCGGUGACGAGAUUUUGCCUCGUGAGAUGGCAAAGGUUUCUGUUUUUGACUCGGUUGUACAAGGCGGUGACUCGGUAUGGGAAGGACUUCGGAUUUACAAGGGAAAGAUAUUUAAGCUUGAAGAACAUCUAGAUCGGUUGUUUGAUUCAGCAAAGGCUCUGGCUUUCGAAAAUGUUCCAGCGCGUGAAGAGAUAAAAGAAGCAAUCUUCAAAACUCUCAUAACCAAUGGUAUGUUUGACAAUACACAUAUCAGGCUGUCUCUAACUCGAGGCAAAAAGGUAACUUCUGGAAUGAGCCCUGCAUUUAAUCGAUAUGGAUGUACUUUAAUCGUGCUUGCGGAAUGGAAGCCUCCGGUGUAUGACAAUGAUGGUGGAAUUGUGCUGGUGACCGCAACCACACGCCGCAACUCGCCUAAUAAUUUGGAUUCCAAGAUUCAUCACAACAACCUUCUCAAUAACAUACUAGCAAAGAUUGAAAGUAACAACACGAAUGCCGCUGAUGCCAUUAUGCUUGACAAGGAUGGUUAUGUGUCUGAAACCAAUGCAACCAACAUUUUCAUGGUGAAGAAAGGCUGUGUACUUACUCCUCACGCAGAUUACUGUCUCCCUGGCAUAACCAGAGCUACCGUCAUGGAACUUGUGGUGAAAGAGAACUUCAUCUUAGAAGAAAGAAGAAUCAGUCUCUCCGAAUUCCAUACAGCCGAUGAGGUAUGGACAACUGGAACUAUGGGGGAACUAAGCCCGGUUGUGAAAAUCGAUGGACGUGUGAUUGGUGACGGCAAAGUUGGACCGGUAACGAGAACACUGCAAAACGCUUACAAGAAACUGACAGAGGAUUCAGGUGUGCCAAUACCUACUUACCAAGAACCCUGAAAUACAAAACAAGAGGGGAUGCCAAUGUUGUAGCCUUCUUAUAGUCGUUUCUUCUUAUCUUGGUACCAAAACGGCGAGUAGUUUAUACGUGGCAAUGUAAAACUGUGUGUAGUCAAGCUUGUCGAGUAGACUUAAAUCAAAGUCAGCAUUUGCUUGUUUGACCCAACGUGAGAAGUAUGACCAUAAUAAAUAAAGCCACCACUCGAGCGUUGAUUCUUUUCCUUUUCUAGAAAAUUCAAUUUUUCUUUAAGUUAAUUGCUGGAAGGAAUCAAAUUAAAAUAUAGUCAAGACUAUUAUAGAUCUUUGUUUUAUUGUUUUAAACAUACUUUCCCAAUUUAUUGAAUAAUAUAUGUUCCAUU